AUGGAAGAAGGGGAAGAAGCUCUAUUUUUUCGUAAUGACAGAGGCCCUUCAUCUCCAAUACGUUCACCUCCUAUCGGGCCGAGUGGAAGAAAUGCUAUUUCCUUUGGUUCCCAAAUGUUGGCUGUAGGCGCCGGUUUCUGCGUUUUCAUUGUCCUUUUGGCAUUUUUUGCUGCUAUUCAACACCGAAAACGUCGACGUGCAUCUUCUUCAGCUAGCACUUCCCGUUCUCCAUUAAUUCACAAAUUUUCCUCAGCAUCUGCUUAUGGGCAGCGUCACCAUUCUGCAAGUCAAGCGAUACCUCCACCAUUACCUCCACCACAAUAUUUGAGAUGUUCUAACCAGGCAUGUUUUAAUUUACGUAAAUGUUCUAGCCCCGGCGGUUCAGACUACUCUUUGUCCUCUUCAUCAUCUACCUAUUCAUCCGCACAUUCCCUUUCUCCAAUGUCCCCAUACGGACACAAUCAUCCUCAUCAACAACAUCAACAACAAUAUUUAUUGGGUGGAACAAAUACACAAGGCAGUCCAUUUACCGGCAUCAAUUUUAUCCCUUAUGGAAAUAAUGGCGGGCGUGUUUCAGCACCCCCACCCCCAACAACAACAAUUUCGUUUAACGGAACAGAAAAACGUCGAAGCUUCCCCACCGGGCAGCAACACCUUGGAUUCGGUUCUGCCAAUAAUGGGGGGAAUUUCCCUCCAGAAUUGGUUGUUGAUAAAGAAAGAGGAAGGGGCUCUGUAUCUUUACAGUUGGCUUAUGAUGCGAAUAAUUUGGCUUUACAAAUCACAGUUCUCGCCUGUAACGGCCUUCCCAAAUUUUCUGAUUCAACUCCACUAAAUCCAUAUAUAAAACUUCGUCUUCUCCCAGACGGCCAACACCGAGUAAAGACCAGAAUUCUUCGAGACACAACAGAACCUAUUUUUGACGAGGCUUUUACAAUGUAUGGAUUGGGGGCAGAAACUUUAAAUAAUUGUCAAUUACAUUUGGCUGCUUUGGCUUUUGAUAGAUAUAAUGGAGAUACUGUUUUGGGGGAGGCUCUAUAUUCUCUCUCUUCUGCCGAUUUAUCAUUAGGAGGAGAACCUUGUAAUAUUUCUCUUAAAUGGGAGGCACGGCAACAAUUUAAAGAAGAAAAUGAAGAAGAAAAUAAUUUUAAUAAUAAUAAUAGAGGUAAAGCACUUGUUUCUUUGGAUUUUGAAGCAAAAACACGUCAAGUACAGUUUGCAUUGAAGGAAAUGGCUGAUUUACCUAAAGAUGCGACUUUGGGACUUCCUGAUCCAUAUGCAAAAAUUUAUGCAUUAAUUAAUGGAACUAAACGAAUAGCAAAACACAAAACUCGUGUUCAAAAAAGAACAUUAACACCUUUAUUUAAACAAGAUGAUUGGUUAAAUUUUGUAUUGCCUGAAAGUGUUGGGAUUGGAAGUGAUGGAAUACCUAAAGGGUUGUCUUUCCAAGUUGUUUUGUUUAAUCAUGAUGGAGUAAAACGAAACGAACCAAUCGGUCAAUUCACAAUUGAUGCAGAAUCACCCCAAUUUGUGGCUGCUUUUCAAGGCAAUGGAUAUACUAAUAAAAAUGGAUAUAAUUAUGAAAAUAUUUCUGAAUGGCAUAAUAUUCAAGCAUUUUAAAUGAGAAAAAAUAAAAUUGAAAAUAGAUGAAAUGGGUUUUGAGGGAGAAAUGUACAGAAAAUUUUAAAUUAAAGCUUUAUUUUUAUUUUUAAUAAAAGAUUUUUCUUGUUAAUCUAAAUACUAAAUAUAUUCCAGAUUUAAAAUUAUUCUAUUAAAAAGUUUUUAUUUUUUCACAAUAAUUUAACUAAAAAUUCAAAGAAUUCCUCUAAUUUUUUAAAUUUCUAUUACACAAAACAAAAUUUAAAAAUAUUUUAUUUUUUUGAUAAUUUUAUAAAUUUACUAUUU